UUGUUGUGACGGAAAUGGCGAAGAGCUGGGUAUACGCGCUGCUGCGUGUCCUCGCGCCGUGCGUCCUGGCGAUCGUGCCCUUAACCGGGUCUGAACCGAGCCACCGGAACAUCUCCAUCACCCUGAACCCAGGCUUACAUAUAGCACCCCCUGAAGGAGACUUGCUGUAUGUGCGCUCUGUGGGACCCAACGACUCCCUGCACUUCCUCUUCUGCAGCCAGGGGGCGCCCACACUACUUCUGAUCCAGAGCAACAACACCCAGGCCACAGUCCAGGUGAAUUGGCCUCAGUUCUUGGAGCGUAACACCAGUGGCAGCCUGAGAGUGGCGCCACAGAGCAGUGUGGUGUACAGCAGCGCCCUGAUGUUCAGCAGACUGUGGGAGUAUGACGGUGAGAAUGCCACAGCAGACCCAGGACUAGACCCAGGUCCAGACCUGUUUCCGCCAUACGAGCUCCAAAAUCUGACCUGGUCUAGAAUCAAUUUGUCCACUCUGUCAGCAAUGCUGUGUGGGACCUCUAGGGGGAGCAACGGAUCCAUCUGUGUACAGCUUUCCGUUUUUGAGAACUGGGGGCGAAGUGAGCUGUGGCCCCGCCUCCUGCACAACCCUGACUCUGCCCAGCUCAUGUUCUGGUUGGACGGCCUGUCUCCGAGGUCCGCCCACUCUCGUUUCCUAUUGGAGCUCAGGGCAGUGGGCGGGACUCCACUAGAGAUGGUCCAGUCAGUUCGCUCCAUUGAUGACGAGUUCACGCCCUCUAUUUUCACGGUGUCCCAGUGGCUUUCCAACUCCUCUGCCCCCAGCUCUAGUCCUGGGUCUAGUCCUGGGUCUAGUCCUGAUCUAAGUCCUGGUUUUGUGCAAUGGAAGCCCGUGGCGUAUCGAGAUGCUUCGGCGCGGCUGGAGGUGGCCUCACCCCUCAGACACUGGUCUCCACUACAACAGGACCCGGUCUCCACAGCAACCGCAUCUGGGCUCGUCUUUGGAUUCUAUGGCAACAACACCCUGACAACAGCCAUCAACAUCAGCUUCGGUCUAAGUGGAGAGCCCUUCUACACUAACUACCUCAGCUGGACCCUGCUUGUUGGCGUAGGAGAACCCCCUCUAGACUCGUUCUCGGUCCUGGUCUGGUCUAUCCUGGCCGUGGGACUUGGAACCCCGCUGCUCCUGCUGCUUGUGGGAGGAAUCUGGGUCUGCGCCCGGAAACUGUCUGCACACGUCCACUCGGCCUAUGAGCCAAUCAACUGAGAGAGGAAAAGGGCCAGUCAGAGAACAACAAAAGGUACUUGGGUGUUUCUUUCAAUCAAAAGUUAAUUUAGAUGUUUAUAAAUUUUUAAUCAUGUGAGAUCAUUGUAAAAAUGCUUUUAAUAAGUUGUAAAUAAAGAUCAGUUGUUUUGUAAA